CAAUGACCUUUUGGGAAACGUCAAGGUCAAAUGUUUCAAUAUCCGGUCUUGUUCUCCAAUGAGCACCUGCAUCUGGACUCGUCUCCAUAUAAUUCGUGCACGGUAUCGGCGGAUUGAUUGCGUGUUUCAUCCUAAAGGCUCGGCAGAACCUGGCGUUUUCAUCUAUGCUCAGUUUUACCGCCGGUUGAGCGGGUCCGGUCGCGAACGCCAUAGUGUUUACUCUUGGGGUGUUGCAUCAGGUGAAGCACCUGGAAAUCAUGAAGGGCGCACUGGGGAUCUAGUGGCGUAUAAGUACAGCCUCGAAAGGCCUCAAACCUUCUCAGCAGCAAGAUACAUCUUCGCCUCGUCUUCACCAUGAAGUCUGUCCUUCUUUCUCUUCUUGCCCUGACUGGCACCUCCGUCGCUCACUACACCUUCCCCGAGCUCGUCGUCAACGGCAAAGGCACCGGCAACUGGCAGUAUGUCCGCCAGACCGCCAACUACCAGUCCAAUGGUCCCGUGACCGAUGUCACCUCCAACGCCAUCCGUUGCUACCCCCUCGCGCCCGGCACAUCCGCCAAGACGCAGACAGUCAACGCCGGCGACACCGUCGCCUUCAACGCCGGUUCCUCCGUCAGUCACCCAGGCCCCAUGCAGUUCUACAUGGCCAAGGUGCCCACGGGCCAGACAGCCGAGGCGUGGGACGGCAGCGGCAACGUGUGGUUCAAGAUCUACCAGGAAGAAGCGAUAGUCAAGAGCGACUCGAUUUCGUGGGCCAGCAUGAACAAGAACCAGAUCCCCGUGACGCUGCCCAAGGCGCUGCCGUCGGGCGAGUACCUACUGCGCGCCGAGCACAUUGCGCUGCACAGCGCCGGCACCUCCGGCGGCGCCCAGUUCUACAUCUCCUGCGCGCAGAUCAAGGUCCAGAACGGCGGCAGCGGCAACCCUAGCCCGCUCGUUAGCUUCCCGGGUGCUUACAAGGCCUCGGACGCUGGUAUUCUGGUUGGCAUCUACUACCCGAUUCCCACUAACUACAAGCCCCCGGGUCCGGCUGUGUGGAGUGGUUAAAUUGGGAGGAGCGAUGGUGGUCGGUUCUGCGACGGUGCGGGGAGCGGUGGCUUUGAUAGGACUAUCUUCUUGUAUAUUGAUACUGGUGAUCAGCUGGCUUUGAAUAGAGCUUGGAUUCUUUAAUUUGGUGCCGUGCGUGCAAAUGAUGCGUGAGUUGAACCGACUGUCCACACCCCACGGUAAGGGACCAAUGACAAGCUGUCAAAUCAAUCUCGACAAAAGGAAUAAGAGAGGACCCCUGCUCAUAUUAGUGUUGGCGAUGCGUGACCUAAGCAGAUGGAGUUGCUCAUGAAGACACCACUAACUUACAGAACACCCAGGAACGGAGAAGCGACGUCUCGAGGGUAUCAAGAAUAUACAUUCAUUACGAAAUAGCUCAUUAGUCGCAGAGGAAUCCAGGUAUGAUCUUAGGAAAGUCUGCUGCGUCUCGCUCUGUCCAACGUGCCAACACUGUGCGAUG